AUGGAGCAGCUAUCACUUACCGUCAUUCAGCUGAUCGAAAACGAAGAGUACAUUCCCAUGGCCGAGGCAGAAUACGAAGGCCAAAAGGCCAUCUCCGCCAUUAUCCCCGACCACGCCAUACCCCCCAUCGCCUGGGGCCACUACAAAAACGUCCACACCAAAGCCUGGUUCCUGACCCAUUUCCGGCCGCUCAAGCCCUUCCACCCCGACGACGAAUCCCUCUCCGAGUUCCUCACGACCCUCAAAACCCUACACAAAACCUCCACCUCACCCACCGGCCAGUUCGGCUUCCACACAACCUCCUUCUCCGGGCCGCCGGCCAUGGUCGUCGACUGGACUUCGGACUGGGCCCUAUUCUGGACGCGGGAAUUGCGUGCUGCACUGGCGUACAUGCAGCGCAUGCUGGGAGAUGAGGACGCCGAGCUGCAGGGGCUCGUGGAGCAGCUCGUGGAGCGCAUAGUCCCGCGCUUGCUGGUGCCGCUGCAGACGGGCGGGCGCACCAUUCGCCCGGCCCUCUGCCAUGGGAUUUGUGGGAUGGGAAUAUCCAGCUUGAUGAUGGAUUUACAAUGUGUGCGUGCGGAGAGGGGGGUGAUGAACCCGGGCUUCGUAGAGAGGUAUGCGCGGGAGGUGGGCAAGUCCGAGCCCGAGGCGGAUUUUGAGGAUCGAGUUGCGCUAUAUGCCAUGAUGAAAGAAGAGAUGCGCAGGCUGCUUGCUAAACACCCCGAUGGGCUGGCCGGGUUUGAGGGAGACUUAACUCCAACUGGGGAUCACAAGCUGGAAGAGGAGUCGGCGAUGGACGCGUAG